GGCUGCCCCCCACGUCGGCCAUCCACGUGUACACGCCGCGGGAGGUGUACGGCACCGUGGGCUCCCACGUCACCCUCUCGUGCAGCUUCUGGUCCAGCGAGUGGAUCUCGGAGGACAUCUCCAUCACAUGGCACUUCCAGGCCGAGGGCAGUCGCGACAGCAUCUCCAUCUUCCACUACGCCAAAGGCCAACCCUACAUCGAUGACGUGGGCACCUUCAAGGAGCGCAUGGAGUGGGUGGGCAACCCCUGGCGCAAGGACGGCUCCAUCGUCAUCCACAACCUGGACUACACCGACAACGGCACCUUCACCUGCGACGUCAAGAACCCCCCCGACAUCGUGGGCAAGUCCUCCCAGGUCACGCUCUACGUCUUCGAGAAAGUGCCCACGCGCUACGGCGUCGUGCUGGGCUCCAUCAUCGGCGGUGCCCUCCUCUUGGUGGCCCUGGUGGUGGCCUUGGUUUACCUGGUGCGCUUCUGCUGGCUGCGCAGGCAGGCGGUGCUGCAGCGACGGCUGAGCGCCAUGGAGAAGGGGAAGCUGCAGCGAUCGGCCAAGGACGCGUCCAAGCGCAGCCGGCAGGCGCCCGUGCUCUACGCCAUGCUGGACCACAGCCGCAGCACCAAGGCGGCCAGCGAGAAGAAAGCCAAGGGAGCGCCGGGUGAGCCCCGCAAGGACAAGAAAUAGCGGUUAGCGGGCAGGGAAGGUGCCACCCCCCCGGCGCAGGAGGAAAAGGAGGAGAAGGAGGAGGAGGAAGGCACCGCAGGGCCCCCCAAAGCCCCCAAGGUGGUGAUGACCAUCGAGAUGGAGCUGCGGGGGGAGAGCCCCGUGGCCGCCCGCUCCCCAUCCCGGGGCAGCCUGGCGGGCGCCCUGCGGAGCUUCCUGCGGCCCGGCCACGCGGGGCGGUGACGCCCGGCAGCGGGGACCCGGCGAGGAGCGGGGUG